AUGUAUUUUGGUAUAAUUGUUUUUAUUGUUCUCAAUAUUGUAUUGAGUUCAAAUGCUGGUGAUCUCUAUCCAAGCUAUAAUUUAUCAAUUGAUCGAUUGAAAGUUUUUGAAUGGUCGGAUAAUCCUGCACUUGCUUAUAAAACAACUGUUCGAUUAUUUGAUUAUGAUCAUCAUAUAUUUCAAUAUCGACGUUAUCCAUGUCAAUAUUUUUAUACAGAUGAAAUUCAAUUAUUUUAUAAUAAUGAAACAUUAAAUCAAUGUUUAUAUAAUACAACAAAUAGUGAUUAUGAAUAUAGUUUUCAACUUCAUUUUGAUUCACGUCAUAUUGAACCAUAUAUUUUACAAAAUAUUGCUAUUCAAUGUGAUUAUAUUAAUUGUAGUCUUUCAUUAUUAAAUAUAACAUUUAUACAUAUUGGUUGGAAUUUGAGAGGUCGAGAAAAUAAUCUUGAUUGCUCAUUUGAUAUUGAUCAACCAUAUAAUAUUAUUCAUACACCAUAUACUGUAUCAGAAUUGAUUACACUUCGAUGUAAAUCAUUAUCAGCUUGCAAUCAUACAAAAUCAAAUAUAGAACAAUUUCUUCCAUCAUUUAUUCGAUUAAUCUAUGGUUCAUCUUAUGAACUUCAAAUACCUUAUUGUUCAUUAGAAAAAAGUCUUAGUCAUGUUGUGAAUACAAAUUUUGCACAAACAAAUGGUCUUUUACAACAAAUAAUUGACCUUAUGCAACGAAAUUCUGUCAAAACAGAUGGAGGUGAACAAGAACAAAUAAAAGAAUAUGCUGAACAUGUUUCAAAUAUAACAAAAGACAUCAAGAAUACCUGA